CGAGAUCUUAAGUCAGUGCAGUGAGAAGCUUCCGAGCGGCAGCUAGCAAAAAUAAUAUCUAUUUUUCAACAUGAAUCGAUUGGUAAUCACUUUGUUCGCUCUCGUGGCGGUGACGGCGGCUGCGCCCGUUGACAACACCUCUCCGAUCCCCAUCGUUAAGCAGGCGGCGGACGGGCCGGGCCCUGACGGCGCCUACAGCUAUAGCUACGAGACCGGUAACGGCAUCCAGGCCCAGGAAGACGGCCACCUCAACUAUCAAGGUACCGACGAUGAGGCCAUCGAGGCUCGGGGCGGCUACAGCUAUACUGGCGACGAUGGCCAAGUCUACCAGGUGACGUACGUGGCCAACGAGAACGGUUUCCAACCGGAGGGCGCUCACCUGCCCACCGCACCCCCGAUACCACCCCUGAUCCAGAGGGCCCUCGAGUACAUCGCCCAGCACCCCGAGGAAAACGAAUCGCACUAAGGACAGGACAUGUAGUUUGAUGACGGGAAGCGAAUAGACGAUUAUGAAGAGUCGAGGACGAGUCUCGGGGGAGGAAUUUGAGAUCGGGAGCGGUCGAGCGCGCGCGCGGACCCGAUCGGGGGCGGAAUCGUCGCGAAGAUCGACGAAGAUUUCGACGCCCGCGUAGACGUCUACGCUUGAGCGUCGAUUCCCUUCCCGGAGCUCUCCUGCCCUGAACGUUGUUUUGCGCUCGAACCUGUAAUGUUUUAUUUUUUUAAUUCUCUCUCUCCCUUUGUACGAUAUCUGUACAUGGACAUUAUUUUCGAUUAUAUGCUGUAAAUAAAU